AUGCUCGAUGCCUUCUUGGGCAAUAAUCUGUCUGCCCAACGUUCAGCUCGGAUGUUCGAGAAUGCGAACCUGGCCGGUGCGGCUCACAUAGGCGACUUGGCCGUCAAUCGGCAACACGGCAACCAGGCUCGCGACUUGCUUCGCAAGACUUUUCGAAACACGAAAUGGCCACCGGUAUAUUCUUUCAAAGCGGUCUCUUACAACCGCGGCAAGCAAAAAAACGAGACCCAGGAGCUUUCCAUGCUUCUACCGCAUGAGCUGGUACACAGUCUUUUGAAGCUGAACGAGCCAGAGGAGCUCAUGUCCAGGCAGCAAGCGCUUUUGCGAAACAGGGCCGAUCUGCAGCUGCAUUUGGAGAAAAUGCAUAAUUUCGGCCUCGAUGCAGCUGAGACAUUGCUCACUGGCCUUUGGGUGGAUGCUGUUCCUUUCAAUUCGGACAGAAGUCAGUCGCUGGAGACGGUGGUCCUCAAUGUCCUCUGCGACUCAACAAUGCGGUAUCCUCUGAUCUCCAGUAUGGAUUUUUUUCUGCGGCAGCGGCAAGAAGAUAAAUUUAUCUCCAAGCUGUUCUCGGCGAAAGCUGGUGAAGCAAGGGCUUUGGUUCCCUGCAUGAUCGAGCUCGCGAACAAGUACCUCGAUAUGUCCAAGGAGCACGAAGCGACUAUGUUCCGAGCCUGUCAGGCAUUGCAGGCGAUCUACAAUGGCUUGUCGACUGCGACAUGGGACGUACACCGCUUCCAAGAGAACGUGCAAAAGUUUCUGCUUUUCAUGAGCUCCUUGGAGGAGUACUACAAGGCGGAUCUUUUGUUCAGAGUGAAACCCAAAGCACAUAUGCUGUUGGAAUGCAGCCGCGAUGAGACUGACGAGGGUACCAGCCCCGCACUCUACUGGACCUACCGUGACGAAUCGUUCGGACACACACUCGCGAUCUUGGCCGCUCGUCGAGGCGGAAAGUUCAGUAUCAAAGCCGUCUCCAAAGCCGUACUGCUCAGGUUUCUGUCUGCCAACAAAGUGCCGCGAUUGGAAGCAUCGAAGUGA